UGAGAGACAGAGGAGACAGAGACAGUCAGCGGCAGGCGCAGAAGACGCGGUGAAACCAUGUGACCAUGAGUGGACGGCCGAGCCGGUCCUGACUGGACGGACACGUGAGCGGUGAUGAAAUGCGACGGGAUGAAGAGGCGACGACAUGUGAGGACGCGGUCUCGGGUGGUCUCCAUGGCAAUGACUGACAGCCGCCCUACCUGACCCCAGGCCCACCUUUGGAGCUGGACUGAGCCCGGCUGGACCGCAGGGGGGAGCUCCUGAGUUUGCCAAGUCCAGAUCGACCCAUGAGAGCCGCCAGGAAGUGGCUGGGUUUGGUCCCUACAGCGGGUGGGAGGGGUGGAGAGGUGAGAAGACCCCGCUCGCUCGCACACACACACAAACACGCGCGCAGCUGGUCCGGGUCUCCAGCAGAACCUGCUUCCUCCUGGCAGUGUCUGUCUGCCUCGGGGGGGCGGAGCCCAGAUGCGGCCUCACUCUCCAGAGCUGACAGCAGCCGGCAACAGAUCAAAGGACUGAGGCACUUCACACUGAGGUCUGUCUUCUCCUGGGGUUUGACCAGUCUCACCUCCGCCUGUCUCACCUCCACCUGUCUCACCUCCACCUGUCUCACCUCCACCUGCCUCACCUCCAUCAGUCUCAGUUCCAUCUGUCUCACCUCCGCCUGUCUCACAUCCACUUGUCCACCAGUCUCACCUCCACUUGUCCAUCAGUCUCACCUCCGCCUGUCUCACCUCCACCUGUCUCACCUCCACCUGUCUCACCUCCGCCUGUCUCACCUCCACCUGCCUCACCUCCGUCAGUCUCAGUUCCAUCUGUCUCACCUCCACCUGUCUCACCUCCGCCUGUCUCACCUCCACCUGUCUCACCUCCGCCUGUCUCACCUCCACCUGCCUCACCUCCGUCAGUCUCAGUUCCAUCUGUCUCACCUCCGCCUGUCUCACAUCCACUUCUCCACCAGUCUCACCUCCACUUGUCCAUCAGUCUCACCUCCGCCUGUCUCACCUCCGCCUGUCUCACCUCCACCUGGCUCACCUCCGCCAGUCUCACCCUCACCAGUCUCACCUCCGCCAGUCUCACCUCCGUCAGUCUCACCUCCACCUGUCUCACCUCCAUCAGUCUCACCUCCGCCAGUCUCACCUCCACCUGUCUCACCUCCGCCAGUCUCACCUCCACCUGUCUCACCUCCACCAGUUUCACCUCCGCCUGUCUCACCUCCGUCAGGCUCACCUCCGCCUGUCUCACCUCCGUCAGUCUCAGUUCCAUCUGUCUCACCUCCAUCAGUCUCACCUCCACCUGUCUCACCUCCGCCAGUCUCACCUCCACUUGUCUCACCUCCAUCAGUCUCACCUCCAUCUGUCUCACCUCCACCUGUCUCACCUCCAUCAGUCUCACCUCCAUCAGUCUCACCUCCGCCAGUCUCACCUCCACUUGUCCACCUGUCUCACCUCCAUCAGUCUCACCUCCGCCAGUCUCACCUCCGCCUGUCUCACCUCCAUCUGCCUCACCUCCACCAGUCUCACCUCCAUUUGUCUCAGCCCCACCAGUCUCACCUCCACCUGUCUCACCUCCAUCUGCCUCACCUCCACCAGUCUCACCUCCAUUUGUCUCACCUCCACCUGUCUCACCUCCAUCAGUCUCACCUCCGCCAGUCUCACCUCCGCCUGUCUCACCUCCAUCUGCCUCACCUCCACCAGUCUCACCUCCAUUUGUCUCACCUCCGCCAGUCUCACCUCCGCCAGUCUCACCUCCACUUGUCCACCUGUCUCACCUCCAUCAGUCUCACCUCCGCCAGUCUCACCUCCACUUGUCCACCUGUCUCACCUCCGUCAGUCUCACCUCCGCCUGUCUCACCUCCGCCUGUCUCACCUCCACCUGCCUCAGUGUGAGGUGACCUCUGAAGGUCAGCGCGUGACUCUGUCUCCUUCAGUCGGUGUCUCCAGUCGUGUGUUGGGUGUGGGAGGGGUCAGCAGAGGCUCCUCCCUCCGCCGGGCAGCCGAGCACACAGACUGGGCGAGGACCUCACCUGCCGUGAUGGUGUCCUUGUCCUUGGCGCCGAGCUCCUCCACCGCGGCUCGGCGCCGCAGCUCGAAGCGCCGCGCGUGUCCCUCGCGAGGCUUCCACAGCUCCUGCAGCAGCAGCGGCUUCUCGUUGUCGCCGAGCGCCCGCAGACACUCGGUCCUCCAGCCGCCGUCUCCCUGCAGCCGCCCGAUGACGUCACACAGCACGUAACAGUGGGCGGCGUCCUUGUUGAGGGAG